AGUAUUCCCUCUGCUUUACUCUCUCUCUCUCUCUCUUCUACGGGUAGACUGCUCUGCCUCCGAAUUUCCAUAUCCGUGUCGGCGAAGUAGAGAGAGAAUGGAUUCGUCGGCGCCGGAAGCGAGCCGGAGGACGGCUCGGGCGUCGCUGGUAGAGUCAGUAAGGGAUUGCACGCUGGCGGGGGUUCGGAUUUCCAAGGAGGAGCUCCGGCGGAAGCUGACGAUGCCUGAGUACCUGCGGCUCGCCGUGACCGAUGCUAUUGAAUCAAAAGACAUCGAUGGUGCCGCCGACCGCCACCGCCUCUCAGCCGGCGAGUCCGCCGAGUCCCCGGAAUUUCCCCUCGUCGUGUUCAUCAAUCGGAAUAGCGGUGGCCGGCACGGGCCAAAGCUCAAAGCGAGGCUUCAGGAUUUGAUGGCCAAAGAGCAGGUUUUUGACCUUCAAUGUGUGGAGCCCGAUCAAUUUGUUGAGUAUGGAUUGAGAUGCCUGGAGAAGUUGGCUCUUGGGGACUUGUGUGCAAAACAGACUCGUGAAAAGCUAAGGGUUGUGGUUGCAGGAGGUGAUGGCACAGUGGGUUGGGUCUUGGGAUGCCUUGGAGAGCUUCACGUGCAAAGACGGGAGCCAGUUCCUCCCACAGCAGUUAUUCCACUUGGUACAGGAAAUGACUUAUCUAGGAGUUUUGGUUGGGGUGGCUCUUUUCCUUUUAACUGGAAGUCAGCAAUCAAAAACACUCUUGACAGAGCUGGUAGAGGCCAAGAGUGCCAUCUAGAUAGCUGGAAUAUUUCGAUAUCGAUGCCUGCUAAGGAAAUUGUGCAUCGACCUCAUUGUCUGAAACCUGUGAAAGAGUGUUACCUUGAUCAGGGACUAGAAAUAGGAGUUUUGCCUGAGAAAGUGUCUUACUAUAAAGGAGUGUUUUAUAAUUAUUUCAGCAUAGGAAUGGAUGCACAAGUUGCGUAUGGCUUUCACAAUUUACGUGAAAAAAAGCCUCACCUUGCAAAGGGUCCCGUCUCAAACAAGUUGAUCUACUCUGGCUACACUUGCGCACAGGGAUGGUUCUUUGCACCAUGCAUGAGUGAUCCAAAGUUAAGGGGACUUAAUAACAUUUUGAAGAUGUUCAUUAAGAAGACCAAUUGCUCCAACUGGGAAGAAGUUUCAAUUCCUCCAAGCUCUUCUUGGCUGCUGCUCUGUAACAGGACGAUCUAUUCUUCACCAUUGCCCCUCCCUGCUUUGGCGGACGUCACCAGACAGAAAGGACCCAGCUGCCAUCAGCAAACACCAGAUUCAUUAAGUUUGAAGAAACCUGCAAUUGCCCUUAUAUUGUUGCAGCACCAGAUCAUCAUCCUACUACUGUUGGCUAUGAUUGAAGACCCACAUCAAAUCAGUUCAAUCUGCUCUGCUCCAGAUCUGCCAUUGCUAGCUGGGCUUUGCUGGGUUCUUCUUCUCCUCUCUGGGAUCCUGUGUCUGGAACUCAUCGGCGAUGGGUUCUGGCAUUGUGUCAGGUCAAUAGUUGCUUUAAAUCUUAAUAACUAUGCAAGUGGAAGAAAUCCAUGGGGUAAGCUGAAGCCAGACUAUUUGGAAAAGAGAGGCUUUCGUCAGGCUCGUGUUGAUGAUGGUCUUCUAGAAAUAUUUGGCCUAAAACAAGGAUGGCAUGCUUCCUUUGUUAUGGCUGAUCUUAUCUCUGCAAAACACAUUGCCCAGGCUGCAAUGAUCCGAUUCGAGUUUAGAGGUGGAGAGCGGAAAGAAGCUUAUUUGCAAAUGGAUGGGGAGCCAUGGAAACAGCCAAUCGUUGAGGAUUACUCCGCAUUUGUGGAAAUAAAGGGAGUGCCAUUUCGGUCAGUUAUGAUCAAUGGGACAGUUUCCAGUUAAGCCCUCUGUCCUGGGAAUUCACUUUUUAUUUAUAAGUCUGUAAAUCUUAUUCAUUUUCUGACUGGCUUAUAGUUUAACUCAAUAUGAUAUCAGUUAUGGAGGGAGAACUUUAAAGUCUGACUAGUUAUUAGUGAAUCCAUUGUGAACAACUUGCUAAUUAGCUAGUCAUUUAGGAAUUUGAUUUAGGCGUUGACGACUCAUUGGUGGUGCCUCUUCCUCUGUAAUCCUUGUGAGAGAAGAUUGUGAGUUGAUUGAGAGGGGUCUAAUAAGCCUGUAGUUGGUACUUGUGAUUAUGCCACAUGGUGAUUGCCUUGUUGAAAUUUGGAACUGCAGCAGUUAUGUAUAAAUGUUACUCUUCGGUUGUCUGAUUGUGCCAAAA